AUGUGUGGCCCGAAAUCACAUCAGCAUUUUCCACAGCCUCCACUUUCAGUUGAUAACCCUGAAUCUUUUGACUCCCCUGACUUUGAAGUUUCUUGGGUAUCCUGUGACACCACCUCUUCACUCUUUGUUGCAUUGCAGUUCAUCAUGCUGUCCAGCAACCUCCAAGCAAAGCGACAUCAUUGUCCACAUGGAACCACAAGGAUUUAUGAAAAUUCUGGAAUGUUUUGCCCCACAACUGAAUAUUUGGAAAAAUAUCCUGUGUAUGGCAAUGUUCUUCCACCUCAGAGUCUUAAACCCAAGCAAGAAUUUCGAGCAUGCCGUGAAAUAAAAGAAUUUGUGAGGCUAUGUUUCAAAUUUAUAUAUUCCAGGUCAGAUUAUCGUCCUUAUGAAAUAGUCAAACAGCCUCGCCAUCUACCAGAAGAAUAUAAGCCAAAACAGGGGAAGAUUGAUCUUGGCACUACCUACAAACGGGAUUUUAAUUCUUAUAAUGUGCAGCCUGUGGCAAUAGUCCGUCCUUUGGAGCGACAACAAGUUAAAAAAGGAAAGUUGGACACUGUCCCAACCUAUAAAGAUGAUUAUAGAGCUUGGGACAUUCAAAAAAGUGAACUUUAUAAACCAGAACAAACUUACCACCCCCCUACUGUGAAAUUUGGAAAUUCAACUACAUUUCAGGAUGACUAUGUUCCUCAGGAGAUAAAGCCUAAGCAAAACUUUAAACCCUCCUCUGUGGUCAGACGUUCUAUAAUCCCUUUUAAUGGUGAUACGAGUCAUCGCCUUGAUUAUGUUCCUCAUCAGCUAGAAUUAAAGUUUGCAAGGCCAAAAGAAGUUUACAAGCCCAGUGACCAACGCUUUGAGGAUCUCACUACUCACCGGUAUGACUUUCAGGGUCUUGUUGGUGAAACCGCAAAAAUCUGCAGACCUGCAUACACCAGAGUGACCCAAAAUGCCCAAUUUGAAGGAAGCACUGAAUUCCGUGAAAGUUUUCAGCCUUGGGAAAUCCCACCACCUGAAGUCAAGAAAGUGGCAGAGUAUGUGCCCCCUACAGGAAGCAUGCAGUUAAACAGCACAAGCCACCUGGACUAUGUUCCCUAUCAGGCCAACCGUGUUGUUCCCAUCAGGCCAGUUUCUCAUAGAAGAAAUAACAAUUUUCCUUUCCAAGGAAAAAGCACCAUGAAGGAACAUUUUCCAGCAUGGGAAAUUUGUCGUCAAGGACUUAUUAAGAAGCAGCAACAGAUUCCCAACCCAUCUGGAAAAUUUGAUGGUUUGAGCACUUUCAGAUCUCAUUAUGUGCCACAUGAAUUGAUUCCAACAGAGAGUUGCAAACCUUUAAAUGUUGCUUUUAAGAGUUCUGUUCCAUUUGAUGAUGUAACCAUGUACUCCAUAGAGUACACACCGAAGAAACAGGAAAUUUGCCCAGCUAGCUAUCCCUCUCCUCCAGGUUAUAUAUUUGAAAAUACAAAUUACCAAGGUCAUAAAUUCUUCCGCAAGAUCACGCCCAUCGUGAAAGCCUUCUAAUCAUCAAAUUGUGCUUAAAAUGAUGCCAAUUAGCAAGAUAUUGGUUUUCUAAGGAAAAACUCAAUUUUUAUAAUGAAAAAAAAUGAUGAGAGAAAUAUAACAAAUCGUUUUUAGAUAUUUUUAAACAAGAAAAUUGGAAAAUGUAUCAUAGGAGAUUAGAAGAAUCUUAAAAUCCAUUUUGUAUUGAUAUUUUAAUGAAGAUUGUUCUUUAGUAUUCAUUUCUGAAAGUUGAAUAAUGUACAUUCCCAUCUGAACUACUUUCAUACCCAACAUACUGUUUGAUCGUUUCUCCCCAAUCUCUAGUAGUAUUAUUUAUACCUCUGUUUAUAAUGUGGCAAUUAUAUGUUUAUUCACAUAACAGUUGUCGCUUAUCGAGCACAUUAGGACUAUCUAGAACAACAUUGAAAAUGGUACAUGAACUCUUCUUCUAAGACAACGGGAUUCGUUUUCCUUAGACUUCAGGGCACCUACAUAGUAUACGCCAAGUCAAGUUUUGGUUGGUGGCAUUAGAGACUGCUACACUGCUCCUCACCAUGUUCAAGUUAGCAAGAGGCAUUGUGGGGUGGCAAGGAAAGGCUCUGUGGCUCGGAAUUAGAGGACUUGAGUUCAAUUCCAAUGACAUCAAUUUUUAUUUGUGCCACCUUAGGCAAGUGACUCAUGACUCUGAGCCUCAGUGUCUUCUUUGUAAAAGAAAAUGUCUUCUGCUUACUUCAAAAAACUUCAUUUUGAGCAUCAAAUCAUAUGAUCCAUUUUAAUUCGUAAAGUAAAUCUCUUUUUGUACCUGUUUUCUGCUUUUAAAACUAGGAUAAUUACCUACUCCAUACUCGUUUUCUGGCCUGAAGCAAGGAUUGUAAAUAACCUAAUUUGCUUUGAAAUUAUGACUAGUAUGUGCUUCUGAGAGGAGUCUUGCCCUCUAAAGCUUCACAAGCACCUGAGAAGUUAUUACAGAGAAUGGAGAGCUCGGAUUGGGGUAGAUAACUUGGUUUGAAUUUGCAGAAACGAAAAAGUAGUUUUAGGAGGACUGACAGCUCUGAAGAAAUAUUCUGGGUAAACUUAGGUAAAUUAUGUACCUAAUUGCCGUGCCCAAAUAUCUCUGUUCAGAAGCUGAGCCAAGCCCAGUAUGGGGCAUAAUCACCUUGUUCACUUCUUCUAGUGUGAAGAUAAAGUGCUAAGAGGGCAGAAAAGGAAUGAUGCCAGUUAGUGAAGUAGAAACAACAUAUUGCAUUUAUAAAUGCUGAAAAUUUCCUAAAGAAUUAAACACAUUGGUUUUUUUUAAAGUAAAUGAUUCCAUUAUAGAAGAACAUGGCUUAUUUUAGCAAAAAGUGAAUUUUAGUCUUUUAUGACUUCAGAAUUGUUUCAAAAUAUAUACUUUGAAAAUAAAUUCAUUGAUCUUUUGUUAACAUAGUUCUAAUUAUUUGAAAGUAA